AUGCCGCCUAAGAAAAUGACUAAGUUACCUGAUAGUGACGCUUCGGAUGUUAAUGAUUCGGAAGAUAUAAAUGAUUCGCAGUUAUCCAUGUUAUUAGCUAAACGCGAAGUUAUAUUCGAAAUGGUGCAACAAAUGUAUGAUUUGUCUUUAAACGUUCAUAACAACGCCUCGCUUAUGGAAAGUUUCCUUGACGAGUCCGCGCAGAUAGAAUCAUUACGCGAUGAUUAUAAGAAAUGUUUAGAUGAAUAUAAUAUUCAUAACUUUAUUAGCGCAGUGCGCGCCUUACAGAAUAUAAAGUUAGAUAAUAUUACAGAUUUAAUGAUUGUUCAUAUCGCGCUGAAGAAGUUAGACUCAGAUACUGUUCGCGCUUUCGAGACUGAGUUUGAUGAGAGUUUUGGCACGCCAAAUAAAAUCGAUUUAUUAAUCGGUGCUUCUCUGUUCCCUCAUCUGCUUCUCCCCGACGUAGUUCAUGCAUCUCGUGACUCGUCGGCGCCCGCUGCAUUGCGCACGGUGUUAGGCUAUGUAAUAAUGGGUUCAGUACCCACCAUACCUAACAUACAUAAACCGCCCUUGACGUGUUGUCACGUUCAAGAGACCGCCGCUAUUGACUCAUUAGUGAGGCGUUUCUGGGAGCUCGAGGAGCUUCCUACCGCACCGCCCGUUCAACAUCCCGAUGAUGUUGAAUGUGAAGAAUAUUAUAAAUUAACUACAACCCGCGACCCCGUGAGUGGCAGAUAUAUCGUUUCGCUCCCAUUUAAGGAUGAUUUCUACACUCUCGGUGACUCAUUUAAUAUUGCCCGCAAACGUUUCAUGUGCCUUGAAAGAAAGCUACAGGCUUCACCUAAAUUAAGGUUGGCAUAUGAUGACGUCAUAAAAGAUUAUCUAACGAAGAAUUAUAUUUCACCCGCGCCUCCGUAUGAUCCGUGUGACCCUACACCUAUUUAUAUUAUACCGCAUCACGCUGUUCUGCGCGAGGAUAAAUCGUCGACUAAGCUGCGCAUGGUUUUAGAUGCUAGCAUGCCAACUUUUGGAAGCCAGCGUUCAUUGAAUGACCUUCUGCAUGUUGGGCCGAAUUUACAAGGCAAUUUGUUUACAAUAAUUUUAGGUUUUCGUCUCCACGCGAUUGCCAUGACCGCCGAUUGCCGCCAACAAUUUCUGCAGAUAUUCGUGCGUGAGUUUGAUCGUCGUUUUCAAUGUUUUUUAUAUCGUUUCAGCCCGCAGGAUCCGCUGCUUCUUUAUCAAUUUAAUCGAGUUUGCUUCGGCAUCAAGUCUAGUCCUUAUCAUGCACUGCGCACGGUAAGACAGCUCGUAGAAGAUGACGGCGCGAAAUAUCCGCUAGCGAGUAGCAUUGCGUCUUCCUCGUUGUAUAUGGAUGAUAUCGCCUUCUCUAUUCCCACGGAAUGUGAAGCAAUUUCCGCGUCGCAGCAGCUCAUCGAUUUGUUCAAGGGAGCUCAGUGGGAUCUAGUUAAAUGGAAUAGUAAUAGUAAAAAUGUGUUAGAUAAUCUUCCCGCUUCGCACAAACCUUUACCCUCCGCGGUAGAGUUUGAUAAGACCGUGCAACAUAAAUUACUUGGUCUGCAUUGGUCUACUGUUGAUGAUUGUUUUUAUUUUAAAAUUACCGCAUCCGCCGAUGUGACGUGCAUUAAGCGCUCCAUCUUGUCAACUACCGCCCGUCUGUGGGACAUGAUGGGCUUCAUUGCUCCCACAGUCGUGUAUAACAUCCCAUCAGAUAAUUUCUACCAUGUUUCUGGUAUUGAAAAUCCCGCUGACGUUCUUUCGCGUGGCAUUACGCCACAAAAUCUCGUCUCGCACCCUCUGUGGUUCCAAGGACCCCAGUGGGCUCGUUCGGACCCGUCUGAUUGGCCUCUUAGGAGUCUCGAUGGCCUUCAAACGCUUGAAGCCUUUUAA